AUGGGAGUGCAAGGUCUCUGGGAGCUGUUGGCUCCUGUGGGUCGUCGCGUCUCUGUUGAAACCCUCUCCGGUAAACGAUUGGCCAUCGAUGCUAGUAUAUGGAUGGUACAGUUUAUAAAAGCGAUGCGCGACGAAAAGGGAGAUAUGGUGCAGAACGCGCACUUGAUCGGGUUUUUCCGAAGGAUUUGCAAGCUUCUGUUCCUAAGGACUAAGCCGGUGUUCGUCUUUGACGGAGGCACACCCGCAUUGAAACGCCGCACUGUCAUUGCGCGCCGUCGUCAGCGUGAGAAUGCUCAGACGAAAAUCCGGAAGACCGCUGAGAAAUUGCUGCUUAAUCGACUCAAGGAUAUGAGGCUUAAGGAACAGGCCAAAGAUCUUAAGAACCAAAGACUACAGCAGAAUAUUAGUGAUAGAGAGAAGAAACAUGUAUCUUCUGAAGCUGUGGAAGAACCUCUGCGAGACUCUGCAGAGAUAGAUGAUGUAGGGAGCAGUUGUUUUCAGGAGGAAAAGUUAGAUGAGAUAUCGCCAGCAUCUAUGGUCCGAGACAAUGGUGUUGAUGAUGCUGUGAAAGGGUCCACGAAGUAUGAUCCCAAGGGAAAGGGAGUUCUGUUGGAUGAGGAUGACCAAUAUAACAAAACGAAGAGUAAUCUUGAACAGGAAAAGUUGGAUGAGAUGUUGGCGGCUUCCCUUGCAGCAGAAGAAGACGAAAAUUCCACUACCAAAGCAUCGACUUCAGCUCUAGAAAUCCUAUCUAAGGAAGAGGGCAGCGAAGAAGAUGAGCAAAUUUUAUUGCCAGCAAUGAAUGGGAAUGUCGACCCAGCUGUUUUGGCUUCUCUUCCUCCAUCCAUGCAACUUGAUCUCCUUGUUCAGAUGAGAGAAAAAUUGAUGGCAGAAAACCGGCAAAAGUACCAAAAGGUCAAGAAAGCCCCUCAAAAGUUUUCUGAGCUGCAAAUAGAAUCAUAUCUUAAAACUGUAGCCUUCCGUCGGGAAAUAAAUGAAGUUCAGAGAAAUGCUGGUGAAAGGGCUGUUGGUGGAGUUCAGACUUCUAGGAUAGCUUCUGAAGCAAACAGAGAGUUUCUCUUCUCGUCUUCCUUUUCUGGAGAUAAAGAGGUACUUGCGUCUGCCAGAGAAGGAAGAAAUGAUCAAAAUCAGAAAAAUACGUCACAACAGUCUUUGCCACUCCCCGUGAAGAAUGUUUCUGCGCUGAAUAAAUCAGAUGCUACCGUUGAGUUGGAUAGAGAUCAACCUAGGAAUCCUGAUGAAAACAUUGAAGUAUAUGUAGAUGAAAGGGGCCGUGUGAGAAUAAGGAACCGACACAUGGGGAUCCAAAUGACUCGUGAUAUCCAGAGGAACUUACAUUUGAUGAAAGAAAAGGAGAAAACAGCUUUUGGUUCUAUGUCUAACAAUGAUGAAACUCUCAGCGCCUGGGAGAACUUUCCUUCUGAGGACCAGUUUCUUGAAAAAUUACCUGUUGAGAAAAGUGAUGUUGUGAACAUGGAUAACCGGAAUGAUGAUUCCAUGCUGCAUAAUCCAUCUUCAAUAGAGAUAUCAUUUGAACAUGACGGUGGUGGAAAAGAUCUCAAUGAGGAAGAUGAUAUGUUUUUUCAGUUGGCAGCGGGAGGACCGGUGACAGUCGGUACUACAGAAAAUGAUCCUGAAGAAGACUCUUCAAUAUGGGCUUCUGACAGUGAUUGGGAAGAAAUGUCUGCUGACCAGAAUAAUGCUGUCUCUAAGCUUGAAGUGAGUUCAAACAAUCAGCAUAUCCCCAAGGAUAUUAGUAUCGAUGACGGUGCAGCAAAGGAAGAAACCACUUGUGAAAACGCCAGUACCUCCAUGGAGAAUGAUACAGUGUCAAAGUUCUCAAAAGGCUAUCUGGAAGAAGAAGCUGAUCUUCAGGAGGCUAUAGAGAAAAGUCUUCUUGACUUGCAUGAUAAAGAAUCUGGGGAUAUCUUUCUUGAACGAAAUCAAACGGUAGAGGCAAAUCUAGUUGUUGACAAGCCAACUCAAGAUAGUAUGUGUUCUAGUGAAGCUGAAGAAAAAAAAACUCUGGAAGGAAGACCAAUCUUGAAAACUAGUGGUGCUAUACAUGAGCAGUCAAACACUUCUGUAGCGGGAAAUGUAGAUGGUGAAAGAGGGAUAACCAAUCAAUUUGGCAUGCACCCUUCUUCCAGUUCUGAUAACGUUAGAUGUGCUGUGAGCAACGAAAUGCCACUGGCAGAUUCAGUUAUCUCAUCCGAGAAAGCAAUGGAUGUUGCUAGUGACAGCCGCAUGCUGUCAACCAUGGCUAAACAGCAUAACGAAGACGGUUCUGAAAGUUUUGGUGGAGAAGUGUAUGCUAUGCCCAUAGAUGAUGAGGAGAGAACUGGUUUUCUGGGUGAGUCAUCUACUCGUGGUAGUGCGGAAAAAAGUUUUGUUGAUGAUGACUUAUCUAUCAAGAUGGAUAAUAAGAGAGAUUAUAGUAGACAUAAAUCCCAGAGUCCUGUCACUGAAUCAAGGGACUCUUCUCAUGAUGUCAGCAGCUCGCACGUAGGGAUACUACAUGACACAGAUUUACAGAAAGAAAGAAGGGAGGAAAAUAACUUUAACGAACAACCUUUCAAUAUUGAGAGUAUAAUAGAUUUAGAGGAGAAAGGCGUGCCUGUUGAAUUGUCAGAAGCAAAUUUAGAGGAAGAAAGGCGAGUUCUCGACCAAGAAUAUAUAAGUUUAGGUGAUGAACAGAGGAAACUUGAGCGGAAUGCCGAAUCUGUCAGCAGUGAGAUGUUUGCAGAAUGCCAGGAGCUACUCCAAAUAUUUGGCAUACCAUACAUCAUAGCUCCCAUGGAAGCAGAGGCACAGUGUGCAUAUAUGGAACAAUCAAACCUUGUUGAUGGAAUUGUCACUGAUGAUUCUGAUGUAUUCUUGUUUGGAGCAAGGAGCGUAUACAAAAAUAUAUUUGAUGAUCGCAAAUAUGUGGAGACAUACUUUAUGAAGGACAUUGAGAAGGAGCUUGGCUUGAGCAGAGACAAAAUAAUCCGCAUGGCAAUGCUUCUAGGAAGUGAUUACACAGAAGGGAUCAGUGGGAUUGGUAUUGUCAAUGCUAUUGAAGUUGUGACUGCAUAUCCCGAGGAGGAUGGGCUUCAGAAAUUUCGUGAAUGGGUUGAAUCACCUGAUCCAACCAUUUUAGGGACGCCUGACUCAAAGAAAGGUUCGAAUGCAAAGAAGCGUGGAUCUAGCUCUGUAGAUGAUAAAGGAAGCAGCUCAGGUGUCCCGAUGGAUGAUACAGAAGAAACAAAGAGAAUCUUCAUGGAUAAGCAUAGAAAGAUAAGCAAGAACUGGCAUAUUCCAUCUACGUUCCCUAGUGAAGCUGUUGCUUCAGCCUACUUAAAUCCACAAGUGGAUCGGUCGACUGAGCGUUUCUCAUGGGGCAAGCCUGAUCUUUUAGUUCUUAAAAAGAUAUGCUGGGAAAAGUUUGGUUGGAACAGUAAGAAGACAGAUGAUCUGCUACUACCUGUCUUGAAGGAGUAUGAAAAACGCGAGACGCAACUUCGGAUGGAAGCUUUCUAUUCCUUCAAUGAAAGAUUUGCAAAGAUCCGUAGUAAAAGAAUUAAAAAGGCUGUCAAAGGAAUCGGCGGAGGUCUAUCAUCAGAAGUUGUUCAUAACCUCCAGGAAGGUCCAAUAAAUGGAAAUAAGAAAAGACUCGCUCCUCAUGAAACUGAAGAUAACACUUCAGAGAAAGAUUCUAAUAAAGCCGGUGAGAAGGAGAAAAAUAAAAGGAAACCAUCUAGUAGUAGAGGCAGAGGUGGAGCCCAGAAAAGAGGACGAGGAACAAGAACAGGAAGAGGAAGAGGAAGGGGCCGAAGAGAUCUCCUCCCCGAGCUAUCAGACGGCAGUUCUGGUGAUGAUGUUGAUAAAAAUGAUAAGGUAGUUGAUUUGCAGGAAGAAAAACAGGGCAAUCCUCAAAUAGUGCGAAGGUCAACACGAUCUCGGAAUCCUGUGGAGUACAAUGCGAAAGAAGAUGAUGAAUUGGACGAGUCACGAAACAACGAAGAAUCCCCUGGUGAGAAUCUGGAAGAGGAUGAAUUGCUCAAAGACGAAGGCAGAGUAGCAAAUGUCGCUACUGAAAAAACACAGAACGAAACAACAACCAUCGAUGAUGGUUCUUCUAAAGACUAUAUCCAAACGGGAGGUGGGUUCUGUGCAGAUGAAGCUGAGGCUGAGACUGGAGAUGUUCAUUUGGAGGAUAAAGCUACAGAUGAUUACAGAGUGAUCGGUGGUGGAUUCUGUGUUGAUGAAGAUGAUGCGAUGGAUGAAGAGAUGCUAAAGACGGAGAGUGAAGAACACAGAAACAAAGCUAAACGUCUAAACGAAGAAGAUGCGUCAUUGGAGGACAAUGGUGAGACUGAAAUUGGGAAUUCUUCAGCUGUAGGAUUAAGUGCUAUGCCUUUCUUGAAGAGAAAGAAGAGGAAAAGCUAA